CUGUGUUAAGGCAUACGAGUUGCACGGUUGUGUUGACAAGGUGUACUGGUGGUGUCGCGUCAAUGGAUACGUCGACGGUGGUCCAUUAAUUCUGCACCUCUCACGCUGCACAGUUGACACAAGAGUUAUGUUUAAUGAGUCGUUGUAACGAUUCACCGGGACGAUGCAGAGAAGUGCGAUACAGUCAAAGCGUGAGCUGUUCUUUAAAGGCGACAACGCUGGAAUAAUAUCGUCGCCGUCUGUGCCAUCCGUACCGCCGCCCCAGCCACCGUCACAGGCCCCGUCGUUGGUGAGCAACACGUCGUCGACGACGAGCACGACAACGACGACCCUCGCCUCGCCGAACACAGCGCCGCCGGCCUCGACUGUCUACACCAGCGUCACGUCCGCGGCGGCGGUCGCAUCGAAACCGCGGUUACCUCCGUCCACGGUGAUCCUGAACCAAAACGAUGCAUCUGAGGACAGUAACAAACGGGAGUCUAACAACAGGACAAACGACAGCAACAAGGAGGCCGCUGUGCUUCAUCACCCCCGACCGACGCCACCCACCAAGCCCAAAGAACUCGACGGCUAUGUCGGAUUCGCGAACUUGCCGAACCAAGUUUACAGGAAGGCGGUCAAGAAGGGUUUCGACUUUACUCUGAUGGUAGUCGGGGAGUCAGGACUAGGCAAAUCCACUUUGAUCAAUUCAAUGUUCCUCGCCGAUAUAUACAGUGCAGAAUACCUUGGACCCAGCCUCAGGGUUAAGAAAACUGUGGCCGUAGAGACUAGCAAAGUGUUGCUGAAGGAGAACGGUGUGAACCUUACUUUAACUGUUGUUGAUACACCCGGUUUUGGUGAUGCAGUGGACAACAGCAAUUGUUGGGUGCCAGUGAUCGAGUAUAUUGAAUCAAAAUACGAGGAGUUCCUGAACGCUGAAUCUCGGGUAGUCAGAAGACAGAUACCGGACAGUCGGGUGCAUUGCUGUCUCUAUUUUGUUGCACCCUCGGGCCACGGUUUGAAACCGUUGGACGUCGAGUUCAUGCAGCGUCUACACGACAAAGUCAACAUCAUACCUGUUAUCGCAAAAGCCGACACCAUGACACCUGAUGAAUGUGCACACUUCAAGAAACAAAUUCUAAACGAGAUAGCGCAACAUAAGAUAAAAAUCUACGAGUUCCCCGAAGUGGAAGAAGAAGAGGAAAGUAAACUGCAUAAAGUUCUACGAGAUAGAGUUCCGUUUGCGGUUGUGGGUGCAAAUACCGUUGUCGAACACGAUGGUAGAAAAGUUCGUGGAAGAAAGUAUCCAUGGGGAGUUGCGGAAGUUGAAAAUCUUGAACAUUGCGAUUUCAUCGCUCUUCGAAAUAUGGUGAUUCGAACGCAUUUACAAGAUUUGAAGGAUGUAACAAACAACGUACACUACGAGAACUUCCGGUGUCGCACGUUGGCAGGCGUUGGCGUGGAUGGAAAACCGACGAAAGUCUCUAAUAAGAACCCACUGGCCCAGUUAGAAGAGGAGAAGAGGGAUCAUGAACAUAAGAUGAAGAAGAUGGAGGUUGACAUGGAGCAAGUAUUUGAAAUGAAAGUUCGAGAGAAAAGACAGAAACUUAGAGAUUUAGAGACAGACUUGCAAAGAAGACACGAGCAAACGAGACGCUCCUUGGAGCAGCAGAUCCGCGAACUGGAGGAAAAGAGACGAGCAUUCGAGUCUGAGAAGUUAAGCUGGGAGCAACAAACCGGACAGAGUGUCGAAGAAUUACGUAGACGCAGCCUGGAGGCUAAUUCGAAAGAGACGGGAUCAGUGUCUUCCGAGGGAUCUGGAGGUGGCGGGGGUACAUUGAGGGGUUCCCGAGGGAUAGGAAGUCUCCUACGUCGUCACACCAGUUUCAAAUCACCUCAAGACAGCCCUACACAGAUACAGCUUGUCAUACAACAUCCCGAGCAUCCUUAGUAGAUCGUAGAGAGUCUGUCUACAUUUACUUACAAACAAACAAAAAAGCUCUACGCCGUUGUGUCCGAGGACUAAAGA